UCCUUUUUUUUUACAAUCAAAAUGAGAAGCUUUGGGAAUUUGGGGCAAUUGCCUCUACUAGCAUUUGCUUUGGCAAUUUGCUUUGUAGCCAGCACUGUUGUUGCUGAUUACUCUUAUGGCUAUACUUCUCCUUCACCUUCUUACACCUCUAAGAAGUACUACAAAUCACCAUCUCCAUCUCCAUACUACAAGACACCGGAGAAACAUGCUGAACAUUCUCCGUCACACUAUUACAAGUCACCGGUGCCUUCCAAACACGACUACUACAAGUCCCCCACUCCUUCAAAGCACUACUACAAAUCGCCGGUAGUAGUGAAGUAUUACAAAUCACCGGCUCCUUCAAAGAAAUACUACAAGUCACUUUCCCCUUCAAAGUACUAUUACAAGUCGCAUGCCCCUUCGAAGAAGUACUACAAGUCACCAUCCCCUUCAAAGAAGUACUACAAAUCUCCAUCGCCUGCAAAGUACUACAAGUCGCCUGCUCCAUCAAAGAACUAUUACUACAAGUCACCAUCCCCUGCAAAGUACUACAAAUCUCCAUCGCCUGCAAAAUACUACAAAUCUCCAUCGCUUGCAAAAUACUACAAAUCUCCAUCGCCUGCAAAUUACUACAAGUCGCCUGCUCCAGCAAAGAACUAUUACUACAAGUCACCAUCCCCUGUAAAGUACUACAAAUCUCCAUCACCAGCAAAAUACUACAAGUCACCUGCUCCAUUAAAGCAUUAUUACUAUAAGUCACCAUCCCCAUCACAAUAUUACAAAUCACCCGCUCCUUCUAAGUACUAUAAAUCGCCGCCACCACCAACAUAUUACAAGUCACCAGUUUAUUACAAGUCCCCUCCCCCUCCACCAUACUACAAAGAAUCUACCCCUUACUACAAGUCUCCUCCUCCUCCUCCAUACUACAAAGAAUCUACCCCUUACUACAAGUCCCCUCCACCACCCCCAUACUACAAAGAAUCUACCCCUUACUACAAGUCCCCUCCACCUCCCCCAUACUACAAAGAAUCUACGCCUUACUACAAGUCCCCUCCCCCUCCCCCGUACUACAAAGAAUCAACCCCUUCCUACAAAUCCCCACCACCUCCCCCAUACUACAAAGAAUCUACACCUUACUACAAGUCCCCUCCCCCUCCCCCGUACUACAAAGAAUCAACCCCUUCCUACAAAUCCCCACCACCUCCCCCAUACUACAAAGAAUCUACCCCUUCCUAUAAAUCAUCUCCACUGCCCCCAUACUACAAGGAAUCUACCCCUUCCUAUAAAUCACCUCCACCUCCCCCAUACUACAAGGAAUCUACCCCUUCCUAUAAAUCACCUCCACCUCCCCCAUACUACAAGGAAUCUACACCUUCAUAUAAAUCUCCUCCACCUCCACCAUACUACAAAGAAUCUACCCCUUCCUAUAAAUCUCCUCCCCCUCCACCAAAGUACUAUGAGCAAUCGCCUACAAAAUACAACUCACCACCUCCACCAUCACCAAUCUAUUAUUAGCAAACUCCCACCUAUGCCUCACCUCCACCCCCGCCAACAUACAACUAAACAUUCAAUAACUCUAUUAUUUCCAUGAAUUUUACAUCCUAUUUUUAUUCCAUUUCCCUUCCAAAAUUUAAUGUAUGUUAGUCGAAAUGAUCGACUUUAUUUAUUGUGUGUUCUAUAUUGUUUUGUUCUAAUGAUUUGUAUUAUGUAUUACUUGAGAAUUAAUUAAGUUUUCCUCAUUGUAUCAAGAUUAAUAGUUUGUUACUUAUCUUCUCUUUUUUGUGUAAUAAUAUUGUAUCCAAAUUGUUAAUUGAAAUGAAGUGGUA